AUGGCAGACCGGCUCCUAGAGGGAUUUCAGGGCUUCGCUUGUGCUUACUUAGAUGAUAUAGCUAUCUUCAGUGGCACCUGGGAGGCCCACCUGGAACACAUAUCAGUAGUGCUCAAACGGAUUCAGAAGGCAGGACUUACCUUAAAACCUGAAAAGUGCCAUGUAGGCAUUGCAGAGGUCCAGUAUUUAGGACACCGGGUAGGGUCAGGGAAACAGAAACCAGAGCCAGCAAAAAUUGAGGCCAUCACCCAAUGGCCCCAACCCCGGACUAAAACCCAGGUUAUGGCUUUCUUAGGCACGGCCGGUUAUUAUAGAAAAUUUGUAGCCGAAUAUAGUGCCCUAGCAAAACCUCUGACUGACCUCACAAAAAAGUCACUACCCCGACAAAUAGCCUGGUCCCCUGAGUGCGAGGAGGCUUUCCAGAAACUCAAAGCUGCAAUUAAGUGCAUCCCUUGUGUUGGCAGCACCUGA